UGAUAAUAGAGACCUGUACCAGUUUCGUUCAAGUAAACCACAAAAACAAUUGGCAUUAAAUUUGAAGAUAACUACAGUCAUACAGCAAACGCUGAAUUUAGCUGUUUUGAAUUUAUUUAAAAUUCAUGCCAUCUAUCGUACGAAUUUUGUACUAAGAUAAGGUAAAAAGCGCCACUAUUAAAGAAGCGCCAAGCUAAAAUUUAAAACAGCGCCACCUCUAGGAGAAAAGGGGAAAUGAAAAAUGAGAUAGUCGCAAAAGAUGCCUCGAUUAAAAUGUGCAUCGCUGUUGCGUGUGUUUGUCAUAUUCGUGUUGCUGUGCGCGUGGGUGCAGAUCAUGCUGUCGGCGAGCAGUGGUCUCCUGGACAGAGAUGGAGUACUUAUUGUAGAUGAUUCUUCAUCGACCACUACUAACAAUAUGAAUCUGCCAUACAAAGAAGAGUUGAUGUCCAGCAAUGACACUUCGGCGCAAGUCCUGGCUUUAGUACCUCAGGAGCUACACAAGUACCUGACAGUCCAUCCCAAAAAUUCUACGGCAAAUUCAACCGAGCAUGUCACCCCCAACAACAUCACGGAGAUCGUCCGAUUGAUAGAGAAGUACAACGACGCACAGACCAUAUACAAUGAAGACAUUUUUGGACCUGUGCAAGAGGACACCAUCAUCAUUGCUAUCCAGGUCCACACACGCAUUGCUUACCUACGACACCUCAUCGUCUCUCUGGCCCAAGCGAGAGACAUUGACAAGACGCUCCUUGUCUUCUCUCACGACUACUAUGAUGAAGAAAUCAACAGCCUCGUUAAAACAAUCGAUUUUACAAAGGUAAGGGCAGUGAAAUUAAAAUGCAACAACGCACUGCAUCCCGAUGUGCACGGCCACUACAGAGAGGCAAAGUACACGCAAACAAAGCAUCAUUGGUGGUGGAAGGCGAACAGGAUAUUCAAUCAAUUGCAGUGCACUGCUAAUCAUACUGGUCUAGUCCUCUUCAUCGAAGAAGACCACUACGUAGCCGAAGAUUUCAUUCACAUGUUAGACCUGCUUCGCACUACAGCCGACAAGAAUUGUCCGAAAUGUGAAAUACUUUGUCUAGGAACUUACUUGAAGACUUUUCAGUAUCAUACAACUAGUGACAAGAGGAAGAAGCAGCUUACCCUCAGCUACAUUCAACAAGUGAAAGCUGCUAAUGAGGAGCGAAGAAGACGGCAGCAACAAACCCAGAGCUGGAAUUUCCAAGUCUACCCGAAUUUGUACUCGAGUACACAAAAGCUCGAAAUUACGCCUUGGCAUUCCAGUAUGCACAACAUGGGGUUUGGUUUUAACAGAACCGUCUGGAACCUGAUAAAAUUGAACCAGAAACAGUUCUGCGCCUACGACGACUACAAUUGGGACUUUUCUCUACUGCACUUAUCUCAGAAUUUGCCUGGCAGAGAAAAAUUCCACGUGGUCCUAUCGAAGGGGCCUAGGGUGUUUCAUAUUGGAGAAUGCGGUAUACACCACAAGAAAUCGAACUGCAAUCCUUCAACAGUAGUAAACAAGGUACAGCGUCUUCUAAAAGACGCCAAGAAGUACAUGUUCCCCGCCCGGGUUGUCUCCACUGUCACAGCGGGGGGUGUGAAGCAGAACAAAAAACUCGUCAAGGGGAAUGGAGGAUGGGGAGAUGUUAGAGACCACGACCUGUGCACUAAUAUGACGAAAAUAGGACGACAAAUGCGUAAAGACAAUUUAUACCUUAACAUGAAGUGAUAAAGCGUGUAAUUGAACCUGUAAAGGUAGAUUACGUUUAUAGAAAUUAACUAGUAGUGGUUAUUAUUUUCGGUUUUUUUUAUUUUGUUUCCAUGUCCCUGGACAGUGAUUUACUUAGUUGUAAAAUUUGU